AUGCGAUUGACAGUAGCUCAUAAUACACAUAAUCACGGCCUCAGCCUACAGAAAUCUCGCUUCUUUCGAUAUAACAAAGAAGUGAGUGAGACCGUUAAAAUAAUCCUAGACACAAACGACUUAGUUGGCACCCGACUAAAUAAGAGUUACGGAUCUCUUGCCGUUGGCGUAGGUGGCUUCGAGAACCUCCAAUUUUUGGAUAAGGAUUGUCGCAAUUACAUCAAUAAAGCACGAUAUCUACGACUUGGUGUAGGUGGUGCUGGAGCACUUCGAGAUUAUUUUAUGAGGAUGCAAUACAAGAAUAACGAGUUUUUUGCAUUGAUGGAUUUACAUGAUGACGGGAGGUUAAAUAAUGUUUUUGGGCAAAUCCAUAUAGUCGAGCAGCCUACCAAAACUCGACAUAGAUUUUGCCUGUGGCAUAUACUGAAGAAAGAUCCUGAGAAGCUUGGGUCAUAUGCUGCCUACAGAAGUGGGUUGAAAACUCAACUGAUGAAAUGUGUGUACAACACACAAACUAUUGAGGAGUUUGAGAAAUGUUGGGCCAGUUAUUUGGUAAAAGAUGAAGUUUUUAUUGAGGAGUUCGCUAAACUGGCUACAUAUUCAGCGGACUUUAAUGAGAAAGAUUGCAAUGUUAAGUGUUCAUAUGGAUUAGUUCAGAUGAGGAGGAUACUGUGUAGGCAGAUUUUGGCCAUAUUCAAAUCUAGUGGUAUAAAAUCAUUGCCAGACUGGUACAUUCUAGACCGAUGGAGGAAGGAUAUCAAGAAGAGAUACACAUUAAUCCAUAGUAGCUAUGACGCAGGGGAUCGGAGGCCAAAUGGUAAUGGAUAUUCAAUUCUGUUGAAUAUGUGUUAUGGGAUGAUAACUUAUGCGGCGGAUUCUAAUGAGCAAUUUGAAGAUGCAAAGAAUAGGAUACAUGAGAUGACUGAAUGUUAUCGCAAGCACACACGCAACAGGUUCGAAGGCGACGGAUUUUAA